AAUGGGAUCAUCGUGAAACUCGAAGAUCGGAUCAACCGCUCUCUCGCUCUCAAACCCUAGACUGUAGAGCCAUCCCUCCCCCUCCCCUCCUCCUCCCCCAUCACGUGAGUCUUGAGGUUUUUGGUCUUCAUUUUUUGAAGAGUUGCUUCAGGCUUCCGCACAAACGACGAAGUUCCGGUUCUUAGAGUCUAUGUUUUGUCGCAGGUUUCACAUGGCCUUGGGAUGCACCGAGAGGAAGAGAGAAAGAGAGAAGGGACCGAUACUGUGAUCCGACGACGGAGUUUAGCAAUAUCUUAAACGUAAACCCCACCGAGAUUUUGAAAGACAAAAAUGUCGUCAUCGAACUCUCCCUGCGCAGCGUGCAAGUUUUUGAGGCGGAAGUGCACGCAAGAGUGCGUGUUCGCACCCUAUUUCCCACCGGACCAACCCCAAAAGUUCGCCAAUGUGCACAAGGUCUUCGGCGCCAGCAACGUCGCCAAGCUUCUUAACGAGCUCAACGCGGCGCAGCGCGAAGACGCCGUGAACUCGCUGGCGUACGAGGCCGAGGCUCGUCUUCGGGACCCAGUGUAUGGCUGCGUGGGCUUCAUCUCCAUUCUUCAGCACAGGUUGAAACAGGUCCAGACUGAUCUAUUUAAUGCCAAGAAGGAGCUUGCUUCCUAUAUUGGCCCUCAGGCUAUGCUCACCAUUCUUCAACCCCCGGGAUAUAUGACCCAACAGCAGCACCCUGGCAAUCCUUCGUCGUCGGCUGUUUUGCCCUACAACAUGUCGCCUAUGCUUGGGAUUCCCACUGGGGCUCCUACGCGUGGUGGGGCAUUGGUGAUUCGCGAGCCCCAGCAACAGCAUCAUCAGCACCAGUUAUUUGAGGCACAGCAAUUGGCUGCGGCUGUGGCUGCGAGAGAGCAACAGGAGAUUUUACGGAGUUAUGAGCAGCAGCAACAAUUACAGCAGCACGCGCAGCCUCACCAACACCAGCACCAGCACCAGCACCAGCACCAGCACCAAGCAGAACUCGUAAGGUUCAACAGUGGGUUCGACCCGGCGGCCGCAGCGGGAGGUUCGGUCACUGCUACUGGCUUCAAUCAGGUGAAUGCUGCUGCCGCUGCUAUGUCGCCUUCUUUGGCUCUGGGCACAUUUGAAAAUCCUUACGAUAUUCAACCACAGCAAGGGGAACAUCAUGGCCAUCAUCAUCACCAUCAACUCCAGGCGCAGCUCUUGCUCCAGCCACAACAACCACAUGCACACCAGCAGGGCCAGCAGACCCAGCCGCAGUCUAAGCCAGAAAGCGAGGAGGGUAGAAGUGUUGGUCCAUCUUGUUGAUAUUUUCUUUCCAGAAGCUCUUUAACCUUCCCGCUUUUUCAUUUAACUGAGUUUCAUUCUAGGUCGUAUCUGCCUACAAGUGAGAGAGAGAUCUAGAGAGAGGUUCCGAAGUCAAUAUUUUUUGGGGGUUUCGAAGAAGACUUUCAGGAGAGAUACAUUUUACAAACGUAAGAUCUGCAUUGAUCUUCGAGUACAGUCUUUUGUUUUUGGUUAUAUAUUUAUUUUUUUCCGGAUGAGCAGUACUGACGGUUAAUCUUUAUGUAAAUCGGAAUUUGGGAAGCUCAUGUUCAGUUUCUAGCAUUCGUUGCAAAUAAUAUUUAUAAUGCAAUAGUACUUGCUGGUA